AUGGGCACCUCGAAGAGUGGUCACUGUGGAUUUAUCCGGUUAUUCGUCAAAGGAUCUGCAAGAUGUGUUUUUGGAAAGCCCAAGAGCAUCAUUUUCGCCGUGCCAUGCGAUCACGUCGUAAAUUCCACACUAGCAUUGACUGUUGCUGUCGCCACGCGUUCCUCUCCAUCGAAAGCACCAGAAAUCAUCCACGCAACUAAUAACCCAAAAGUCUGCCCACUGACCGUGCAAGAAAUGGCGGACAUUCUCAAUGAGGAGGUGUGGAAGAAUCCCUGCGAUUCGUAUCCAUUUCUGCCCAGAUGCAAAGUUAGAAAUGGUCUUCGGGCGGACCUUUACUUCCUUGUGUCGUACGUCAUAGCUUUGCUAUUCCACUUCCCGGAGAGAAUCUUCAAUCUGAGCCCCCCGUGGAUGAGGGGUACUCACUUGGUGGAGCUGCAGAACAAGGGUCGAAAGUACUUCACGGAGAUCUCCAACUGCAUAUCCGACGUGAACAUUGAGAAGUACGUGGAGCUGACGAACAGACUCCAUCCGGAGGACUUCGAUCGGUGGUCCUUCAAUCCAGCGCACGUGGACUUUAGGAGGCUCUUCGCCAGCAGCAUCAGCUGGACGAGGCAGUACUACUACAAGGACUCCAACAGCGUCACGUGGAUGCACAGAGUGGUCCAGAGAUGCUUCCUGAUGCUGGAGUUUUUUAGUUACGUCACUGUCUUUGUCAUCACCGUGAUUCUCCUAUUUCUCCUAACAAAUUCUUGGCUAAUUGGUCCAGUGGUGGGCAUAUUGCUGCGCGGCCAGGAAGAGGAGAAUCUGCAGCUGUAUUUGUGGGGAAAACGGAGAAAGCUCAUGUGGACCAGGGAAAAAAUCAGGGCGGCCAAAUCGCGGACUCAGACUCUUUCACUCCUCAUGUGUGGCGACGUUCGAUCGUCCGGACACUGGCCGGGAAAUUUAAUUACUCUCAUCCGCAGUGAUAAGAAAGGAUUAGCAGGAGAUUAUGGCGGAUAUGAGGCUAAGACAUAA